AUGCUCAAGGACCGAAGUCGGCCCUCGUCACCUGCGCCGUGGAACGGGCCUGAUACCUCCGAUGACGCCUACAAUGACGGCUACGACGAUCAUUCUCGCGAUGAUUCUGACUGUGAUCAGGAAUCGGAUGACGGAACCAACAACGGUGCGAACAACGACGCCUACAGCCCAUGUCUUCAGCUCCGAUUUGACCACAGUCGAAAGAAUGAAGAAGGGUUUGUGCUUGGAACGAGCCGAAACUGUGACAUUGUUUUACCGAAGAGGAAUACCUUGGCCGGUUUGGCUCCUCGACAGUGCGUGAUCACGUUCGAUGUCCAUGGGCGACUUAUCUUGCGAGACUUGCAACCCCGCAAACUGAACAACAGUGGCGGAACGGCCGUCACCUACAAGGACCAAGGAGGACAGAGGCGCCGCAGUUUCACUUGGAUCCUCAGCGGACACAGGUUCACGGCGGCAAACGUUCCAAUAAGGAUUCACCUCCACGACAACCUCAGCUUCCGCGUGGUUGUCUGUCAGCAUGACAUAUCUUCGGUUUGGUACCAGCAGAAUGUUGCCCUGUUUCGAAGUCGGUUUGCCUCGAGUGUAAACAGCGUGUCCUUAGGCGGUCUCGGCUUGAAGAGCCUGGACUCGACAGCGGCGCCUAGCGGAGCGCAAACUCCUGGCACAGAUGCCAUCCUGCUCAAAGAUAGGGAACUUGGCAGAGGAGCUCAGGCAGUGGUAGCUCGAGUUUGGGACGCCAGUACCGCAAUCGAGUAUGCCACUAAGGAACCUCUGAGGCAGCACUUCCACGAGCGGCUGAAGCGCGAAAUCCGACUUCUAAGGCAUAUCAACCAUGAUUGCGUCGUCCGGUGCAUCCCGGAGCUGUCGAUGAUGGAGCCAGUUCCCCGGCUCGUUCUCGAGUACAUCCCUUUGGGGUCACUCGAAGAUCAAGACGAGGAGAACCAGAUCUCGAUCCACGAAACCUUCGAAGUUCUUCGUCAGGGGCUCUCUGCUUUAAGACAUCUUCAUGAGCGCGAAACCCCCAUCGUCCAUCGCGACAUCAAGCCAAGUAAUAUUCUCGUGCAAUCGCGAACGCCCGUUAUUCACAUCAAACUCUCGGACUUCGGCUUCUCCGGGGAGAACGAAGAUUACUUGAAAACGUGCUGCGGCACCCCGUUGUAUACCGCUCCGGAAGUCUUCAGGGGGGAACCGUACAACGCUGCCGUCGACAUCUGGUCUCUCGGCGUGGUUGUCUUUCAGUAUGCUUACGGACUCCCC